AUGUCUGAUCAAGAAGUUUUGGUUUUGAGAGGCACUUUGGAGGGCCACAACGGCUGGGUUACUUCCUUGGCUACCACCCCAACUAAGCCAGACUUGUUGUUGUCUGGUUCCAGAGACAAGACUUUGAUUGCCUGGAAGUUGACUGGUGGUGAGGACAACCAGUACGGUGUUCCAAAGAAGUCUUUCAUUGGUCACUCUCACAUUGUUCAGGAUGUCACUAUCUCCGCUGAUGGUGCUUACGCUUUGUCCGGUUCUUGGGACAAGACUUUGAGAUUGUGGGACCUUGAGACUGGUGAAUCUACCAAGAGAUUCGUUGGUCACACUGGUGAUGUCUUGUCUGUCUCUAUUGCCAAGAACUUGAGACAAAUCGUUUCCGCUUCUCGUGAUAAGACUGUCAAGGUCUGGAACACUAUUGGUGAGUGUAUGCACACUUUGACCGGUCACAAGGACUGGGUCUCUGCUGUUAGAUUCUCUCCAGAAAAACCAUCUUCCGUUAUCUCUGCUUCGUGGGAUAAGACUGUUAAGUCCUGGGAUUUGUCUGACUACAAGCUUGAAGCUGACUUCAUUGGUCACACUGGCUACAUUUCGUGCAUCACCAUCUCUCCAGAUGGAUCCUUGAACGCUUCUGCUGGUAAGGAUGGUGUUAUCAUUUUGUGGGACUUGAACUCGAAGACCACUUUGUACACCUUAAACGCUGCUUCUGAAGUUCACGCUUUGGCUUUCUCUCCAAACAGAUACUGGUUGGCUGCUGCCACUUCUUCUGGUAUUAAGAUCUUCAACUUGCAGGAGAGAACUUUGUUGGAUGAGUUGAAGCCAGAGUUCACUGUCAGCGCUAAGGCUAAGGACCCAGAGGCUAUUUCUUUGGCUUGGUCUGCUGAUGGUCAGAACUUGUUUGCUGGUUACACUGACAACAUCAUCAGAGUCUGGCAGAUCAUGACCUCUUCCGCUUAA